AUGCUGCAGGGACUAGAGGUCAUUUGUGGGUGGGCAGGGACGCAGCCCCGCAGAAAAACCAUCAGCAGUGACGCGGAGCGCCGCCUCCUGCUCCUCUUUCCCGCGAGUGGGGGAGAAGGGCCCCGAAGGCCUUUUUUGCGCUUCCCGCCUUUUCCCCCUCUUCUCGCCCAAGUUUGCCAUCAACACUCACGAGGCGAAGGCGAGGCCGACAUCAUCGUAGCGGGCACAGCUGGAGGACCUGCUGCUGCUGCGGGCGGGAAUAAGUUUCAAGGGCUGAGGAGAAGGGCCGGGCAUCGACCGGCGAGGCCCGCCCCUCUCGGCGCUUCCCUCCCGCCUCUCCAGCCUGUGCCGACGUGGCCGGGCGGAAAGAGGAAAGUGCAGCCGCCGCCGGGGCCAGGGGACGGGCUCAGCCUCAGCUGCUCUCUGCGAAUUUUAAAAAUGUCUGGCGAUACUCAAGAUGCAACAAUUAAAGAGGAAAACAGAGAAAUACUGGAACCAAGAAGUAACAUUUCAGCCUUUGCCACAGAGAUACAGAGAGAAAUACACAGAGAAACAGUAGUACCAUCGCAUCAUGAAAAGGAAGUUUCUGAAUGCUCAGGCAACAGACAGGAAGGGGACUUGGCCACAUCGGGGCAUCCUUUGAAUGAGGAAUGCUGUAGCGAAGACAUAGCCGAGAUUGAUCCUGGUGAAUGCAGCGAGACUGUCAGCCUCCAACCAGAACCUGAAUCUGAAAUACUGAACGAACAGAGUUGCCCAGAUGUGGAUUCACCACCUAAAGGGAGCAGAUGGACAACUUGGGGAUCGUGGGGCAGGUCCCUACUUUCAACAGCAUCUGCCACAGUUGGGCAAGGAUUUACAGCAGUUAAGGAAAAAGCAGCUACCCUUGGACUUCAUGGCCCUUCUCCUGACCCCUCUGAUGAUCCUCCUCUUGACACAGAUGAAAGCUCCGUCACAGACUCUGAGGAGAUGAUGCAGGAAACCUCCUUAGACAACACACCCUUGUCUUCAUCUCCUUCAGGCUCCCGUGGAGUGUUUUCUACCCUCUCUAGUGCAGUGCAGAAUACUGGUAAGAGUGUCUUGACUGGUGGACUUGGUGCUUUGGAAUUCAUUGGCAAGAAAACUAUGAACGUCCUGGCAGAAAGCGAUCCUGGAUUUAAGAAGACCAAAACACUGAUGGAAAGAACCGUUUCCUUAUCUCAGCUGUUGCGGGAAGCGAAAGAGAAAGAGAAGCAGAGACUCGCCCAACAAGUCACAUUUGAACGGACAGCACACUACGGGCUGCUUUUUGAUGAGUUUCAAGGUCUGUCUCAUUUGGAAGCUCUGGAAAUUCUGUCUAAUGAAAGUGAAGCCAAGGUACAGUCAUAUUUAGCAUCCCUUGAAGGGGAGGAGUUGGAAACAGCCAAGAAUGCUUUGAUUGCUAUUAAGACCAUCUUCCUUUCAGAAGAAUCAAACAAUGAGGAUGAUAAAACAAAAACAGCAGACACAGGAGAUGAGUUUGUAACUAAACUUACAGAACUGCUGUUCGAACUACAUAUUGCAGCCACUCCCGACAAGCUAAACAAGGCUAGAAAGAAAGCUUAUAAUUGCUUGGAAGAAGCCAGUCUCCCCACAUCCAUAGAAAUUCAUGAGCAUCCAGAAGAGAAUGCUAAAGAGGAAGGAGAAAAAGAAAGUGAAGAAGAGCCUCAAAUGGAAGAAUCUGAAAACAGAGAAGGAAAAACCCCAAAAACUGUAGAGGAAGUGUACAUGUUGUCUAUUGAGAGUCUUGCUGAGGUGACAGCCCGUUGCAUUGAGCAGCUUCACAAGCUAGCAGAAUUGAUUCUUCAUGGCCAAGAAGUGGAGAAGCCUGCACUGGAUCAGGCAAAAGUUCUAACAAAUUUAACAAGUGCCAUGUGCAAUGAAGUGUUAUCCUUAUCAACAAAAUUUUCUGAUUUAUUAACUGCCACUGGGAGCGACAAAAAAGCUGAGGUCCUUAACCCAAUGGUCAAUAGUGUACUAUUAGAGGGCUGUAACAGCACCACUUACAUACAGGAUGCCUUCCAAUUAUUGCUUCCAGUUCUCCAAACGUCUCAUAUCCAGACUGUUUGAAAUUACAGCAGUGACCAUCUCCCGCUUAAAAUAACCAUCAGCCUAAUCUCUUGGUUGUAUUUGUAGCCCAAAAAUAAAGCUGAUAGGCCAUGAAGGAGCCAUGUAGGAACACGAAAUGCAAUUUUGCACAUCAGAUAACACUUUUGUAUUUCGCUAAAACUGUUUAAAUGCAUUAUUACUGCAUCUUUUUUUCCAGUCCAUUGCAUUAAUUUAAGGUAAAACCAUGUUUAUUUCAGUUGUGUAUUUACUUUAAUCACUGCUGUAGUAAAUAACUUACAUUCUAAUUUGAAAA